UGGCCAGCCUCCGAAGUCUACGUAACCGGCACCUUCGACAACUGGUCCCGAUCCACUCGCCUCAGCCCAACCCCCUCCUCCGCAACCCAGAAGAAAACCUCCUAUUCCGCUGAAGUCGAACUCCCCUCCACCGAAAAAAUUCUUUACAAGUUCGUUGUGGACGGACAAUGGGUCACGUCUCCGCUUGCCGCAACCGAGACGGAUGGGGAGGGGAAUGUGAAUAAUGUG